UGUUGGUGCAGGACAGAGAAUCAACCUAUUAAUGAUUUUCGUGCAGAGUUUCAAAGUUAAUGGUGAGUUUAUUCCACUCGAUAAUAUAGCUACAGUUCUUCGCGGGUUCUCUACAGGGAAACCAAAAAGUUCUUUAAAUCAUGUUAUGCUGCCCACUGGUGCUCAUGGAACUCAGUUUCUUCGACUCAUUAAAGCAUCUUAUGGACUGGAUAGAAUGGGUUCCUUUUCACCUGCAUCUGUACCUUAUGAUAUUCUUACUAUACUGAUGGAAGAUGUAAAACCACGUCUUACUCCAGCAAUUGUUGGUUCUCACUCGUGGUAUUUUGCUCAACAACCAUCUAAUUGGUAUACUCGAUGGUUGAAAAUGAGAAGUUAUAUACAAUUCGAGUUCUAUAUAUGGACAAUGGGAAUAAAGUUGGUGCUCAGUAUGCUUUAUAUUCCAAAUGUGUUAAAGUUGGUGGUCCUGUUGAAGUGGAAAUUCAAGUUGGCUUUAACUGGGUUUUGGAGCAUUAGAAAUGUUAACUGGGUUCGUAAGGGUUUGAUCUCAGUGGAGCGCUUGGUCAUAAAAUUGAACUGUAGGAGUCAUCUGUUCUGCAAAACUGAGAUCUGCAAUAUAAUUACAACAACUCCUAUGAAGGGAUAUAUGUUCUCGAAAAGUUUACAGAGUAUGGGGAAAUACAGUAGUUACAUUUGGAUUCUUAUGAGUUUACUUAAACACCCUAGCUCCAGUUUUCGUUGUAGUCGCGAAUUGCAUUUCGGCUCGGAGGAAUUCCUUGAAAGAGUAGUGGGGAUCAAGAAGGUGCGUCUACAGGUUCAUGGUGGUGAAAUCUUUUGUGCGGGAAUCAGUUUACGUCGGUUCUUCCCAACUCUACAUCUUAGCACUAGAGCAUUACCACCAGGGGUUCCAGACAUCUUUGCUAAAUUUCUGGAGUCUCCUAGUUCAUUUGUGUUUGAUAGGGGUAAAUUUCUUUUAUGUCAUAUGUGGGGUUUGUGGUACCAAUCAGUGAAGGGUGGUAGCCAGACAGAAUUUAUAAUACGGAAGUUGGUAAUUCGGGACAAGCUUGGCCAGAUUCAUCUUCAGAUUGAAAUAGAAGUGGAAGGUCCAGAGUUAACGACAACUAAUAUCAAGCAAAACACUAAGAGGCAAGAUCUGGGUGUACCAAUUCAGAACUGCAAUGCCCCAAGAGACAAAGGAGAGGGUCACAAUCUGACAUUGAGGCAAGCUCCAAGGUGGCCGGUGUUGCUUAUAUUUGGCUCGGUUAUGCAAUGCAUGCUAUGGUUAGUAAGGCAGUUCACUUCUUGGGAAGAUCUGACUACACACAAGCUGAAGAUACUGGAAUAUUUCAAGCAUUUUCCUUCUAUUCAGUUCACAGGAAAAUGCUCCUCGGUUCUUAGAUUUUCCGACGUGCAUAUCCAAUUCUUUUCUUGCGUUCUAUUACAUGCAGACUGUUCAACAACAGGCCAAGAAGCCAAGUAAGGGUCACGUAUGCUAACGGGAUUUUAGGUAUAUACCAGGAUCAUGGAUUGGAUGACUAGUUCAUGGUUUUCUCCAGGAAGUUGUGAUUUUUCCGCGAAUGUCAAAAGAACGUCGAUGAAAUUCUGGUCACCAUCAUCUUCCUUAUGUCCUGUUGAUGAUAACGACCUUAAGCGUCUCUUUUGACGGCGCUCUUCAAUAAAACCCUGAGCAACAGAGUUCAAUUCAUCUCUACAAGAUUGCAUAUCCCUUACAAGACCUCUCGAUCGAUCAACCCACUCGAGGCAUGGAACCACAUCUGAAAAUGCAAAUAACGUUGUAAGAUUCAAUGCUUUUUCCAUCGCCUUCUUGUAUAGUUCCCUAACUACACAAGAAUUUGUCUGGAAGUACCGACUGGUACCGGAACCGUGCCUGGUACCGUACUUGUCCCGAAUGGUACCGGAACCGAGGACACAUGUACAGGUACCGGUCCAAAAUCUAAGAACCGAGGCUAGGGAGGUAUAGGUACUCGGCCUCGGCAAGAACCGAGACGAACCAUACCGUGUGCACCCUUAGGUGGGUAUUUGUCAUGUCCCAUGUGUUGUUGGGAACCCAUGUUAUAAGGGCACCCUGGGCGUAGUUAGUAAUUAGUGGUGUGUGUAUGUGUGUUUGGCACGUGUGCUGGGACACUACCCUAGUAUGUAUUGAGUCUGUAAUUUCCCUUUGGAGAUCAUCGAAUGAAUAUUGUCUUAUGAGA